GAACAUCAAGUGUUUGAUUAUUGCCGUACGAAUAUCAAGUAUAGGGGUGCUGAGAUGGCGAGAAGCAUAUCAGAUUGUGGGUCAUCAGGAAGUGAAGAAGAGACGGGGAUACGGAAAGGGCCGUGGACAGAGGAAGAGGAUGCUAUUCUGGCUGACUACAUCUCGCUCCAUGGCGAAGGACACUGGAACUCUCUCGCCCGCUGCGCAGGCAUGUCUGAAGCGAACGGGAAAAGCUGCAGAUUGAGAUGGCUGAACUACCUGCGUCCUGGCGUCCGGCGCGGCGACAUAACCCUCCAAGAACAGCUCUUAAUUCUCGAUCUCCAUUCCCGGUGGGGCAAUAGGUGGUCGAAAAUAGCGCAAGAAUUGCCUGGGAGAACGGACAAUGAGAUAAAGAACUAUUGGAGGACACGAGUGGUGAAGCAGGCGAAGCAAAUGAAAUGUGAAGUGAAUAGCAAACAGUUUAGAGACGCCUUGCGUUUCGUAUGGAUUCCUCGCCUGGUAGAGCGCAUCCAAGCCUCAUCGUCUCAAACAGCAUCGCCCUGCCACUACUACUCCCUCACCGCAUCAUACAGGCUACUUCUCUGUCUGAUCAGUCAGGGGUCAGUGGUGACGACGACACCUCCUCUCGUCUCUCGUUCUGCAGAAAAGGAAGCCUGCAGUUCAGGGAACCAUCACUCGGAUUAUUCGCCAUUAGAAUUCCAAGCAUUUGAAGAAGACAAUGUUGAUUUCUGGACCUACGAAAACAUAUGCUUCUUGCGACAACAGCUUGCCGAUGCAUGACUCGCGAUCCAUUUUUUGGCUGAAUAAACUAUAGGUGUAAUAAUACUUGUCUGCUUCUUGCGCUAGAAUUAGACUCGUCUUUUCUGACCUUAUCAACUAUAGCUUAAUGUAAUAAAACUGAUCAGGAAAUUAAUUAAUUGAUGUUUGCAUGUGUAUAUAUGCAUGCUUUUGUGGCCAAA